UACAGGUAAAGAGACGGACUUCAGACGGACAUCAGACAGACAUGGCGCUCAAAGAAACCGACAGCAGCAAACUCCUCAUGGCGGUGGUGUGUUUGGUGUCAGUCUGCAGCUCUGUUCCUAUCAGUGAUCUGCUGGACCGAGCCUCUCAGGGCUCAGAUAAACUGCACGCUCUCAGCACCACCAUCACUCAGGACCUGAACUCUCACUUCCCUCCCAUUGGUCGGGUGAUUAUGCCCCGCCCCUCGAUGUGUCACACCUCCUCUCUGCAGACGCCCAGCGACAAGCAGCAAGCUCUGCAAGUUUCUGAGUCGGACCUCCUCUCUCUGGCUCGCUCCCUGCUCCAGGCCUGGUCCGACCCCCUGCUGGUUCUCUCAGCUUCAGCAAACACCCUCCAUCACCCCGAGCAGACCUCCAUCUCCAACAAGAUCCAGGAGCUGCAGCUGCACUCCAAGAGCCUGGGGGACGGCCUGGACAUCCUGUCUGGGAAGAUGGGUCCUGCAGCUCAGACCAUCUCUUUGCUUCCCUUCUCUGGAGGAAAUGACAUCGGCCAGGACCGGAUUUCACAAUUAAUCAACUUCAACUUCCUGUUGUCUUGUUUCCGCCGCGACUCCCACAAGAUCGACAGUUUCCUGAAGGUUCUUCGCUGUCGGGCCACGAAGACGCAGCCUCAGAUGUGUUGAAGAGAGAGGCGGCCAGCUUUGCUCAUAUAGAGGUGCAGGGAUAUCGUAUGUGUCAAAGUCAAAGUCAACUGUAUUGACAAUCUUUCAGUGUGUGUGUACAGAGAGAAUCGAAAUACCGUUUCCCACAAUUCUGAAUACAAAACAAAUAUAUGUAAAAAUAUGUCUAUACCUAUAUAUGCACAAUCAAAGACACAUUUAUACAUGUGCUCACAUUAAGACCUAAAUAAAAGCACAACAAUCAAUAUAUACAGAAAUAACAGUCACCUCAAUCAUUUCUGUGUUGGUCCCUGAAGGCAGCAUCUCUCUGGUCCAAUGGGAUUGCUCCAUGUGAUUUUGGGUUAUCGAGAAAAUAAUCUCUGUGUCAAACAAACGUUGAUGACACUUGAAUCCACCAGUGUGGUAUUUACUGACGUAUUUGAUGUCGUAGAAUUCAAAUCUCUUCAGCUUACUUUAACCACAGACCUCAUUUCAGGCUAACAACCAAAACACAUUCAGAAAGCCAUUGUCCUACAGACCAGGAAGUGAUGAAAUGCUGACUCAUGACAGGGUUUUAUGACUCAUUCCUGCACCUCUCUAUUGCCUAUAGAUUAGCGCAUGCUAGGAUUCUGCUAUAUGAGCUAAUAGUUAGCAUUCUGAUCUUCCAGAAGGCGGCGAUGAGGAGGAGUUUCAUGGCGUAUCGUAUCCAGUUUACCUGAGUAUCUUUAAUUGUAUACUUUAAAAACACCUCCACUACAUUUAUCUGACAGCUUUAGUUACUUUACAGAUUCAGAUUAUUAGCUAAAUUACUGACUUUAUGACUUUUAAAAGAGUACUUUUACACUGUAGCAUUAGCCGCUUUCACACCAAGUACUUUGCCGUACUUAGUGCCAGCACUUAGUGCCAGCACUUAGUUCCCAGCACUUAGUUCCCCCAUGGAACUAAGAGCAGAUCGCGUUCACACCGGAAUAAAUUCCCUGAGGGAAGAUUACGCAAAUGAGCCGCUGA